AUGGCCGGUACGCCUAUGGAACUCUUAAAUAUCUCGACCAUACUUUCGUCGGACCAUCCAGAAAUUGCUGAAGAGCAGGAUGCAAAUACAGCAGGAAAUGUGAUCGCGCGAAAUACUUCGGGUAGCACAACUGGGGGCAAAACUAGCACAUCGUCAUUUACCAAACUUUCUGAUGAUGAUGGAGCUGCCGAAGGAGCACAAGAAGGGGGAGAUGGCACUGAUGGCGAUAAAGUUGGCGGUGCGUUGAUUACUUCAUGCGUCGAUUCGGGCAUAGGAGGUACAAUCUCGACGCAUAGUGAGCUGAGCACUUUAUGCUUUUCACCCAUGGCUGAAUCCACUCCUAAACCGCAAACGAGGGCGUCUGCAGGAGAAAAGAGCAAGCGUAAGUUGUCGCAAGGAUCCUCAUUCGAUGACGAUAUCGUAUCAUUCCUUGAUCUUCCAAUGGAUAGCUCAAGUGAUUCUAUCACUGACGAAUUCUUUGUCUCGAAGUUCAUUCUUGCGGAGCAGAUAUUCAGUGUUCAACUGCCCUCAAAUCCGUUGAUUCGCAAGCUGAAAAUUGUUCCUUCCCGCAACCUUCUUGUGGGCUCAUUUAUUUUCUCACUUCCUGGCUCAUCUGGGACCAGAACAAUUCACGCAAUAUCCUUUUUGAUGAAUAUCCGCAAGUGAGU